CAUAAAGAAACUCAUUCGUGAAUGCACAAAUAUGAAACUUUUUCUCGGAGUGCUAAAAAUCAAAAAACACUGAGAUAAGACACAGCAAAGAAUUUCGAAUUGACUUUGAGUGGAUUUCGCUAAGCAUGUAGAAUGCCAAAAUCAAAACAAACCAAAAGAACUGAAUAGUUGGCAGCAGUGCUUUGCCAGCUAGUUUCCGGAAGAAAAGUGAACGACGCGGAAGUAAAAAGUGCGCUAGCUGUCGGAAAACGCCGUCGCCAAGGGACCGUUCACUAAUUACUGAACGGCCCCCAAUUCCUGAAAUUCGGGAACGCAAGAAAACAGCAGGAACCGACAGGCUCGCUCCACCGUUUGGCCGCUACCACAAACUCUUCCGGGUAGGACGACUGCCGAAACGGCAAAGAGGCUUUGGGCCACAAACAAGUCAGAAUUGCCUAUUCGUAAAGUCGCCAGCAGUACCUCCUCUGCUCUGCAGGCACUUGGAAAAGCACGAGGUUGAAUCGAAGGACAAACUUCUAAGCAAGCCCGGAGAGAUUUGCCUGCCGAAAGGAAAAGGAAAAUUGCACACAAGGGGUCGGAGACGACCCCUUUUUUAUAUAUCCUUCUGGUACAUUCCCGUUUGUUCAUCCUGGUGCACUUUUCUUGCACAUUUUGACCACCGUCACUGACAAUCGGUUGGGGCGUGUAUCGACACGUGCCACAUCAUUUGUUUUCCCCUGGGAGGAGCAAAUUGCUUCAGUCCCGAGAGGCAUUUUCGCGGAGCCGCGGCCGGAGCAAACUGGUUGGUCUCCACGGCGGAAAAUCGUCGACUCGGCCUAUUGGUACCGGACAGUCGUGUCAACAGCUGCAGCAGGAGCUUUUCGUGGAUCCGCGCAGGAUCAAAGGCCCGGAACUCAUCGUUUGGACAGUCGAUGACAAAGCGGUUCGAUUCAUUGUCGACAACAUACUGGGGGAACCGAACCGCUGGGAGCAUUUGCGAAUGCAUCGGUGCACCCGAAGACGAUCGUGGGCGAGAGUUUGUCGCCAGGAAAACGACAAUGAAAAUUUCCAUGCACCAGAUCACGAAAAGGAAAUUCGUCGCUUCGAAGAAUCUGAGGCACGGGUGCAAGAUCGCGACCGGAUCGUGUUGUGCAUGCCAGUGAGGAGUAAGGUGGUGGGCACGAGAUUGCAGCGCAGUGCCACAGCUGCGCGAGAAUCUUGCGCAUGUGUAGGUGAGGAGCCAUCUUAUUGGAAAUUAGUUUGUGCGAAUCGAGAACAAAUUUGCGGAGUGGAUUCGCGAUCACAUCGAGCGCUGAGUGCGGCACGGGUGAGGUCAUCCGAAGCGUGUCGCACAGUCCGGAAGGUUACGAACGGAUUCGAGCAGGAAUUGCGCAAAUCACCCAGGAGAUUGGGUUGCGCAAACAGAACGAGUUUACCAGGCAGAAUGAAAGCCUCAAGGAGGCCAAAAGGAUCGUCGAGCAUUGUGUAGCAUGUAGCCACGUAAGUCGACCACUCAAAAAUAUUUAUGGGGGAUAAUAAAAUGGGUUCAAUCCAAUUGCAACAACAUUAAAGUUGCCCAGAAUAUGUUUGCUUCUAUUUUUCUGAUUUUUGCGCUUUGUGGCUUCAACCACACUAAGCGAUUGUCACAAAUGGCGCCCAACUAAAUCGAACCUAAUUAGUUGUGCUUGUUCGAUAAAUUUAUGAUGAGCUAGUCACAAAUAUCGUUAGUUUUGUGUAUGCUUAUGAUUAUGAUGAUUAUUAUUAAUAUUCAGUAAUUAUCAUUAAUAUUAGUUGAAAUUAUUAUCGCUCUUUUUGAAAAUAUCGUAUCGUUCGUCGUAAGUUUUGUUUUGUAACACACUUAUACUGGUCGUUUGAUCCACUAUAAUGAAUUCUCGAAUAGAAUUAUUGCACCUCAAUGACGAGGAAAUAUCAUACGAAUUGGCCUUGCGCCAUGCAACAAAUCUAGCCCCUGGCACCAGACGUGCGAAGGUGGUCAAAUUAAAGGCACUAGUCCAAGAGGACAUAUUAAGAGAAACCAAUUACGUUAGCUCUGAAUACGCGAUGUCUCCGGAAUCAAACAUUGAAGCCUGUCAGUUGGCACUUCAAGAAUUAAAAAACCUCGUAGAUUUGGCUAUACAGAAUGGCAACUCGGAGCAAAUGGCUUGCGCUCGGUCGAGAUUGCUACAUUACCGGCAACGUUUAUCAAUAAUACCUUCGGUCUCUUCGGUUAAAGAAGCGCGAAUGAUUUUAAGUGAUUUGGUCGAAAUGUUGAUUUCCGAAAUCAACAGCGCUGUCAACAAAGUGGUGCGCAGUGAUUCGGGAAAUUUAAGUGGUAGAUUAAGUGAGCCUAGCAGUGAAAUAGCGGAAAGCAGAGAUGAAGGCGACAAUCCUAGCUGGGGUCAAGCAGUGUCAAAUCGACGAAGAGGCGCCACAGGUCAACAAAAUCCAGCACGGGAGCAGGUCGAAGGGUUAGCUGGAAGACAGCAAGUGCAAGAGGACGUCCGGAGUCCAACGAACUUCAACAUUGAAGCGGAAGUGGGUUCAAGGUCCGUAGACGUUAUCGACGAGUUGCGUGUGGAUCUUCAACAUCGGCAGAGGAGGCAGCGAAAUUAUGGUGGCAGUUCUCCACACUCCAGCAGAAGCUUCGGACACGAGGAGCAGCGUAUGGUGAAGGCGAUUCACAACUGGCCGUUCAAGUUCCGGGGUGAAAAGGACACGACGUCACUCAACAUCUUCCUCGACAGGGUCGAGACGUUUGCCAGAUCCGAAGGGCUUAGCGAUCGAACGAUUCUUGCUUCAGUAAAACACCUUCUGUUGGAAGACGCACUUGAUUGGUACUCCAGAGCGUUAGCCCAAGGACUUCUUCUUUCGUGGUCAGCGUUCAAGCGAGAAAUUCGACGUGAGUUCUUGCCGAGUGGAUACGCACAAAUACUGCGUCAAGAAGCUAGUUUCCGGUAUCAAGGUCCCGAUGAACCCUUUGGCAAAUUCUAUCGAGACAUCUCAACACUAUUUCGGUUUAUCGAGCCGCCGCUCACCGAAGAGGAAAUGAUGUUCAUGGUGAAAAAGAACAUGAACAUGGAAUAUGCUACCAUCGUUACAGCACGGCAACCGAGAACACUGGUGGAGUUAUUGGAUGUAUGCAGCAACUUCGAUGAAACCAGGUUAUUGUUAAGCAGACAGCGCAGGAUUCCAAUACCCCAUAUAGCCCUAUUGGAACCAAACUUCGCUACACCCGCGCCAGGUCGUGCGCAAGCGACGCAGCAUCAACAGCAGCGUUUCAACAGGGUUCAUGCAGUGGAAGCCGAUAAUCAAGAACGAGUGGUAAUGGAGCAAGCGACUACGUCCUAUCACCAGGCAGAGGAGCACACGACUCCACAAGACUUCAUCGAUUGGCAGGAGAAAUACGAACAGUUGUACGAGCAAGUUUGUGCCAUGAAGCUUCAACUGGAACGCAGACCGAAUCGUUUCAAUACAGGGCUACAGCAGCAAAACUCUCUACAGCGAGUGGAUCAGCGUCAGCAACCGCCUACAACUUCUGCAGGUCAGAAUAAUUUGAUGAAUCGGCAAGGCAGUCAAGCGGAGAACUAUCGAACACAACAUCCGUUGCAACAGCAAGCUAAAUGGGUGCCGCGGCAGCAGCAACAACAGCAGCAGUCUCUACAGCAGCAGCCUCUGCAGCAGCAGCCUCAACGGCAAUUCCAACAGCACUACCAACCACAGCUCCAAAACCAGCAGCUUCAGCCAGCAGGCAGCAACAUGUACGAUAUAGAUCCUGUUCAGCAUACAGCGUACCGUCCAGCGCUUUGCUGGAACUGCGAUGAGGAGGGGCAUAGGUUUCCGGAUUGCACGAAGGCACAGGCAAUUCUCUUUUGCUACAGAUGCGGUCGAAAAGGUUACACGUUACGCAGCUGUCUUGUUUGUAAUAGCGAAGCGGAAAACGCCGCAGCGAGGAAGUGGUAGAUGGAGGGCCAGAUUCUUCGCAACACAUCAAUCAACCGUCUAUACCUCCCGAUUUACAAAACAUCAACUCUAUAAUCAUCAAUCCCGGACAUGACAACCGUCCACACGCCGUUCUGGACGUCCUAGGAAAGAAAAUCACAGCCUUAUUGGACAGUGGAGCGAACUGUUCGUUGCUAGGUGGUAGUAAAACACAAAUUGUGGAAGAGCUAGGGUUACGAAAGGAAGCACUAAACGGUGGGAUCAAGACAGCGGAUGGGACGCCACAUAAAAUAAAUCACUUCACACGUCUACCGAUAUCAUAUAACAAUCGAAAUGAAAUAUUACCAGUCCUUCUUGUGCCGAGUCUGCCAGACUGCGCCAUCAUGGGCAUGAACUUCUGGCAAACGUUCGGAGUCAAAGCAGUAUGCUGUUCAAUGAUAACUGAUGGGCAAGAGUUUGAAGCAGAGCCGAUGAAGCAACUAUCGGUAGAACAACGCCAGAUACUGAAUGAGACAACCAAGCUAUUCCCGAAAGCCGAGGAGGGGAAAUUGGGAAGAACGGAGCUUUAUGAACACCGUAUAGAUGUGGGCAACGCCACGCCACGGAAGCAGCGAUAUUACCCAAUGUCCCAGUAUGUCCUGGAGGAGGUCAACCGCGAAGUAGACAGGAUGAUCUCGUUGGAUGUUAUCGAGGAGGCAGUUUUUUCGCCGUGGAACAACCCGCUCGUGGCAGUCAAGAAGAAGAACGGGAAUUACCGCGUCUGCUUGGAUGCAAGGCAUCUCAACUCCAUUAUGGUUAACGAGGGCUACCCAAUCCCGCAAAUUUCUUCGAUAAUCAACAAUCUAGGAGGUUGUUCAUUCAUAUCGUCGAUAGACCUCAAAGAUGCUUUUUGGCAAAUGCCGCUUCACAAGGAAUCGAGGCCACUAACGGCAUUCACCGUACCUUCCCGAGGGCACUUUCAAUUUAAGGUGGUCCCUUUUGGACUCUGCACGGCUAGCCAAGGUCUGGCGAGGAUCAUGACUCACUUGUU